AUGAAUUUGGACGAUCGCGAGCAGCAAUUAGCCCCACCGCAAGGGCACCACCACCUCCGGCGGCGGAACCAGUAUCUGAAACGGCUGGAGGCGACGGUGUCGAAGCCUAGGGCAUACGUCAUCCUGCUAAUCCUGGCAUUCAUCCUUGGCUACCUCUCCCACUCGCACCCGCUCCUCUCCCAAACCGCGAGCGACGUAUUCGAGCACAACAACUUCUCCGACGAGUGCGGCGCGCCGGUGGCGGCGGAUGACGUGCGGCGGACGAUCAUGGGGCGCGUGUUCAACGGGAGCUCGCCGUGGGAGUCGUUCCCGCCGGCGCACGUGCGGCCGCUGCUGUGGCAGGAGUGGAAUAAGGGUUGGGGGUCGAACAUGCCGGUGUUCGAGCACCUAAUCGAGCAGGUCCGGCCGCGGACUAUCAUCGAGGUGGGGACGUUCCUGGGGGCGUCGGCGACGCACAUGGUGGGGCUGACUCGGAAAUUAGGGCUGGACACACAGAUCGUGUGCAUCGACGACUUCAGGGGGUGGCCGGGGUACUACGACGAGGAGAAGAGCCUGAAGAUGGUGAACGGGGACAGCCUGCUGCUGUACCAGUUCAUGCAGAACGUGGUGAGGGCCAACGCCACGGACAACAUAAUCAUGCUCCCCUUCUCGGCGGGGACGGCGCUUGGGGGCCUCUGCGACUGGGGGGUCUACGGGGACCUUGUGGAGGUCGACGCCGCACAUGAUUUCCACUCCGCCUGGGUCGACAUCAACCACGCCUUCAAGGUGCUCAAGCCCGGCGGUGUGCUCUUCGGCCACUGA